CCUGGUCGCUUUGCAAGCCCAGAAAAUAUACUUUUUUUUAGAUGUUGUGACAGCCCUGUGCGUAACCUCGCUGCAUUUCAAGACAUUUGUUGGGGAGCUCACAAUGUAUUGGAAGAAUAUCAAUUAAAAGUGCACGACAAUUAGUAUUUUAAUAUUGCAAGUUUUUGUAACGCAUCCUAAACAUAAAUACAUCAACAAUUUGAAAUAAAUCAAUCAAUAUGGGGAACUCAGCGCUGUCCAGGGUCCAAAUGGAGGGCGUCAAGACGAUGCCAGCCGAGCAUGGCAAGCAUAUGGCCAAUGCUGGCAAAGCACCGCCGCCCGAAUGCCCCAUGCAUCAGAAACAGGGAGGCAAUGAAUCGGCCUCCGCGGUGCCGCCACAUCCCAAAAUGCAGGCAUCUGAGUGCCCCGUUCAGCACGACAAUAGCGAUGUCAAUCCGUUGAAUAUGAUGCCCCCAGCGAACCAACAGCCGGCACCCGAUCAACCCUUUCCUCUGCCCACAGAUCGUCAGACUUCGACCAUACCAAAGGUGACCGAGGAUGGGAGCGUUCAGUUUUGGCAAUACCCCAGUCAACAGAUGUUCUGGAAUGCAAUGUUGCGCAAGGGCUGGCGCUGGAAAAAUGAGGAUGUCUCCCAGAAGGAUAUGGGCGACAUAAUACGCAUUCACAAUGCCAACAACGAGCAAGCCUGGCAGGAAGUACUUAAAUGGGAGGCGCUACAUGCCAAGGAGUGCGGCAAUCCACGCUUGAAGAGUUUCGGCGGCAAGGCCAAAGAUUUCAGUCCACGUGCGCGCUUCCGCAGCUGGCUUGGUUAUGAGCUGCCUUUCGAUCGCCAUGAUUGGAUUGUGGACCGUUGCGGCAAGGAUGUGCGCUAUGUCAUUGACUACUAUGAUGGCGGCCUAGUUGACAAGGAUUACCGCUUUGCUUUAUUAGAUGUGCGCCCGGCCAUGGACUCCGUUGAUAACGUUUGGGAUCGCAUGCGCGUCGCCUAUAUGCGCUGGAAAUACGAAUUAUCAGAAAAAUUCGGCAGCUCUGGCAAUAGCAAAACAGCAACUGCUGGUAGCGAGUAGAAAGCUUUUUAGGAGUGUACAAAAUUGGUCUAAGUUAUUAUUGAACCCAAAAACUGUUGUAGGCUGCGCUGUAUGCAUUCAAGUUCGGUGCUGCCAUUGAAAAAAUAUA